CGUGACGGACCCCGCCCCCCGCCGCCACGAGGGCGGGGCCGCGGGCGUCACUUCCGUCCAGGCCGGAACCCAAGAUGGCUGCGCUCCUGCUGAGACAUGUUGGCCGUCAUUGCCUCCGUGCCCACCUUGGUCCUCAGCUCUGUGUGAGAAAUGCUGUUCCUUUGGGAACCACAGCCAAGGAAGAGAUGGAGAGGUUCUGGAGUAAGAACACUGGUUCAAACCGUCCUUUGUCUCCCCAUAUCACUAUCUACAGUUGGUCUCUUCCCAUGGCGAUGUCCAUUUGCCACCGUGGCACUGGUGUGGCCUUGAGCGCAGGGGUCUCUCUUUUUGGCUUGUCGGCCCUGGUGCUGCCCGGGAACUUUGAGUCUUACUUGGAACUCGUGAAGUCACUGAGUCUGGGGCCGGCACUGAUCCACACGGCCAAGUUUGCUCUCGUCUUCCCGCUCAUGUACCACACCUGGAAUGGGAUCCGACACUUGAUGUGGGACCUAGGAAAAGGCCUGAAGAUCCCGCAGCUGUACCAGUCGGGUGUGCUCGUCUUGGUUCUUACUGUGCUGACCUCUGCCGGGCUGGCAGCCAUGUGAAGAGGCGAAGCUCCCAGCAGCAUCUUCAGAUCAUCCGCUCACCUGUCUUCCUGUUGGGCUCUUACCUCUCCCCGCCCCCGGGUGAAGUCCUCCUGAUUUGUGUAGACCCUUCUGUGCUUGCACAGCCCCUGCAGCUCAGCAUUACAGUACCUUCUAGAACCACAGCAGUGGGGAAGGGUCUGCUUUCCCCUUGUUUCUAAAGACGGAAAGACAGCAGAAUCCCCCUUCCUGCCCCACCCCUGUGCAGCCCACUCUGGGCCCUGGAGCCCUCAUUCUCUCUCCUUAUUGGGUCUUAAUUUGUGCUGAGGGUCAGCUUUGGCUCCUUCUUCCUGAGACGGUAGAAACAAUGCCAGCUCUGUGGCUGUGCGGUGGGGACUGGAGCGGGAGGGACUGUGGGUGCCACUGCCUGUGGGCUGCUGGCUUAAAGGACCACUCUGUUCAUUGGUCAGAGCCCCGGUCUUCAGCACCCACACAGUGUGACUGAAAGAAGGGGGGUGGAGUGGAGGAAACCAGCCUGUCCCGCCAGAGAGCAAGGUGGUUUUGGGGGCAGGUGCAUUGAGGGGAAGAUGCAAAAGGGAGAUGCAGAAAUUAACAUUGAGAGUUGUUCAUUCUCCUUGCAUUUCCAGAAAAAUAAGCCUCUUAUUGUCAUGUUUUCUAACCCAAAUUCAUGUGACAUCUUUUUCUGAAACAAUUAAAAUGAUCAUUUUGUCUUUGA